CCUAUGAGCCUCAUUUGGUUGGACUAAUCACGGAUGGAAGUACUGGUGAUUUUUUUCCUUUAGAGCAUGCAGAAAUAUUAUGCAGUAUGAGCUUCUUUUUGCUAAAAGGCUCCCUUUCUGAACAGUCAAGGGAUGUCUGUUGCUGCCUCUCUAGUGUACAAAUGUCUGAUGUGGUUACCUGGUUGCUCAAAGCUUUUGUUCUAUCCAGGGAGAGUCCCUCACUUUGUCAGGAGAUUUGCAAGUUACUUGCAUGCACAUUUUUGCUAUCGACGACAGGUUCCUCCAUCCACUUGCCUUUGUAUUCUCAAGAAUCUCUUUCCUUGAGUCAUUGGGCUGCAUACUUCCAUCAAAUGUCUGUGGGAACUUAUCACAAUUAUCAUUACCUUGCUACUUUUCAAGCGUUGCCCAGGAAAAAGUUUUUGAAGGGCACCCUUGAAGAUUCCAGAAGUGAGACGCAUGAAUGUGUCUCAGAAUUUCUCAGGUUUAAAAUUUUAAGGAAUAAGCCCACUUUUAGCCCCUAA